CGCUGGGUGACCCUCAUUGUGUUUGCCAUGUUUGUGUAAUAUAUAUAUAUAGGCUCAAGGAGUUACCAAGAUCAAAGAUUUGACAAGCAACACCUUUGGCCUCAUAGAUGUUAUCAUUGAUGGCAUGCAGGAAAGCGAUCCAGGCAGUAAAAUGCAGAUCAACAGCAAAGCACAAGCCCUUUUGCUUCAGCGAGGUCAAGAGUGGGGGAUGUUGAUGAAAACGCUAUACCUGGAAGACAUUCAAGCUGUGGCGAGCACUAAAGAAGAGGGUCGCUACUCGAAGCUAACUACCUUCUUCCGUAACAGAAUGAAGCACCUCGGUCCGACGUUCUGCGCAUUUGGCCAUGUGGUCAUGACGGCACAUGAAGAUGUAGCGAAGCACAUACUCGUCCCGCAGAAGCGGUGGGAUCGCGUAUACCCAGCAGUUUUCAUGAACAAGGACUUCACAGACAACGGCGCGCUCUUUACGCUCUUCCUGUCGUCCAAAGAAUGCGGAGGCAAUGGGUCGGCGGAAAUUUUGCGAAAGGUGUAUCAGGACUGGUUGAAUGGAGAGGAUCUCCAUGAGCGUAUGCAUUCAGCAAAGGCACGUUCGCUGAUCGACCAACUUGUUCGGGACGUGUCCAAGCCCGGUGCGGAUACCGCCAAGGUGGCCAGAAGAUUUGUCGUCGAGUAUUGUCACUACGUCGUGCUGGACAUGGACCUGAGCAAACCGGAAUUCGCGGCCCUCGCCGACGACGCCGCAAUCGACUACUUUUGUAACCUCGCCAGCCUCCACAACCAUUGGACAUCGCGAGCUUGGCCGCUCAAUGCUUGGGGACUGACGGAAGACAUCCCGGCGCGCAAAAGGACAGAAGUGCAAAAGAUUUACGAGGCAUCGCCAAUUGUUCAGCGAUACUUGCCGAAGAACUUCCCUACUACCAAGAUCUCUCUCUCCAGCUGGGCCCUAUCCACGAUCGACUUCAUGACUUUAGCGCCCAUUAUCGGCCUCCUCGGCGGAACAGCUGUCUUGUUGCAAUCACCCCAGCCUAUAACAUCACCAGUUGGUAUUGGUUUGACGACUUUCGAUGAGAAAGUGUUUCCAAAUGCAGAGGCUUUCAAUCCGGCCAACACAAAAAAGUGCCCCUUCUCCACAGCAUUCAAUUGGGUUGGUGAGAAGCAAGGUCCACGCAGCUGCCCUGGACGCCACAUUGCCGAACGUGCGGGGAAGGAUAUCCUGAUCGCACAGUACAAGAUGCAGGCCACUCUCAAGGACGCAGUGCCUGUGAGUGCGCAGAAGACCUCAUAAGUUGGCGGCGUGGCGAUCCGCCGGAAAAUUAAAGGCAAUCCAUUUGCGCAAUCCAUUUCUGAGCUCUGCGACGCCGUUCCGAGUCGAUGUUUUUGAAGCAACCAACCAAAAGUACAAGUAGCUAGAAAACAUGCGAAGCAGCAUCUCUUGUAUUUUGUUUGAUGGUUGAUGGCAAAAGAAAAUGCCAUUUCAACUUUCAACUUUCAAGACUUUUUCACCUACUUUUGAAGGUAAAAGUUCCGUUAAAUCCCACGAAUUUUUCAAGCGGUAAACUUUUUCGUGAAGUUUUCAAGCGGUAAACUUUUUCAAGUGGUAAACUUUUUCGAGUGGCGAUGUUUUUUUCGAAGUUGGCAAGCGUUUGUAACUUUUUUUUAUUUAUAAAUAAGUCAGUGCAGAAAUAGAUGGGGCGACGGGCGUGGACGAAGGAAGUGAAGGACCAGCCGCCUUCUGUACAAGAGAGUACAAGAGCUGAUAGGGAAACAUUCGGCAUCUGAUUCACCUUUUUUUUGUCAAAGUCCUGCAGAACGCAGAAGACGGAAGGGGAUAAGACGCCGAGGGCGAACGCACGCUACCGGCUUUUCUGCCGGUCGCUGACAGCAAUUACAGCCUGCUCUGUGUGUGUAUGUUACGGCAGUCACUUCCACAGCUGAGUCGAACAGCUCCUCCUAGUGUGUGAGUAUGCAGAGUUUCUUUCCUGUCCUCCUGUACUCGACGCUGAGUUGUUGUCACGUUUAAAACAGCUGAUGAGAAGGAUCAAGGAGAUGAUUUCCAAGAGAUCUUGAAGCUCUGGAGGCUGAGGCUGAGUACGUGUCUCAUAGGAGCCGAAAAACGUCUUCUAGAUCGGUGAUGGAUGUACAUUGUACUCCCUUCAAACAUUUUGUCUCAUAGGAGGCUGAGACUGAGGCUGAGUACGUGUCUCCGAAAAACGUUUCAUACAUGCAUCAUAAUGAUUUUGUCAGAGUCCAUCCCGAUACGUUUUUGGCGAUGUUUAUCCUCCGCUUUCGACAUUUUACUUUGCUGCUCAUUUCGUGCAGUCUAAAAUGCCCUCUCAAAAGUUUACCAAGAAGUUGCCUCUUAGCUCUGCGGUAGACGGGUUGAGAUGACUGGGUUUCGAACUCUGCAACUCUUUUUUAAGAGCCACGAACCUAGUAGUAGUAGUAGUAGUAGUAGAAGUAGUAGUAGUAGGAAGAGGAGGAGAGGGAAGAAGGGAGGGGGGAGGCAGGGGGAGGGGAGGAAAGGAAGGCGAGGAGGAGGCGGCAUAUGCAUAGGGUGGUGCAAAGGUAAAAAAGACUCAUAUUGCGUUUUCCCCGAAAGACUGGUCUGGCGUCAGGCGAAACGGGUUUGGAAAUCGGCAGGGAGUAUGGCUAUACGCCGCUGUGACUGCACUUCAUGUUUGACCAUCCUUUGAUGAUCAUUAUGUUAACAUGCCGCGA